UGUUGUAUUUUGAACUCAACCGUGCCGAUAAGAAUGUUUGCCUCAGUUACUUUCCAACAUCGCAGCGCACCAGGCAGAGCUGUCGUCUCGUUGCCACGGAUCGUGAAAUUCACGAAACUCUUAUUUUUGGAAAGCCGUGACCUGUUAAGCAUUCCAAUCCUCAUUCACGUUUUUCAAGGCCACCUCUGUAGACGAUUAGCUGGCCUUGAAGUGCACGGCGGACUUUGAUAUGAAUCGUUCCUCAUAAUUGCCUUCCACGAGCCGGGUAAAGGUGUUAGCUAGUCGCGAUCAGAUACCGAAGUGUUAAUAAUCGUACAUCGUCAUCGUUUGUCGUCAAUACGGAAAUACUGAGUCAUGGAGAGGAUACUGAGGGGUGUCAUGCGAUAUCGGAACACCACCCGCGAACAGAUGGUGCAGGAAUUCAAACAAGUGCGAGAUAAUCCACAGCCCAAAGCGGUAUUCUUCACUUGCAUGGACAGUCGAAUGAUUCCAACCAGGUAUACAGACACUCACGUGGGUGACAUGUUUGUGAUACGUAACGCCGGAAACCUAGUUCCGCAUGCCGAGCACUUUCAAGAUGAGUACUUCAGCUGUGAACCGGCCGGUCUGGAGCUUGGAUGCGUUGUGAACAACAUCAAACACAUCAUCGUGUGUGGCCAUAGCGAUUGUAAAGCGAUGAAUUUGCUCUACCAACUGAGGGAUCCGGAGUUUUCAUCCAGAAAAAACCGUCGGAUAUCACCGCUUCGGGCGUGGCUAUGCGAGCAUGCCAACACCAGUUUGGAGAAGUUCCAGAACCUGCGACAGGUGGGGCUGGACAAACCGUUGAUAUUCUCGUCGGAAACGCCACUGCGAAAGUUUGUGGCCUACAUCGAUCCGGAGAAUCAGUUUGCCCUGGAGGACAAACUGUCGCAGGUGAACACGCUGCAGCAGAUCGAGAACGUGGCCUCGUACGGGUUCCUGAAGAAGCGGCUCGAAUCGCACGAUCUGCACAUCCACGCGCUGUGGUUCGACAUUUAUACGGGUGACAUUUACUAUUUCAGUCGCAACUCCAAGAGAUUCAUUCCGAUCGAUGAAACUAGCAUCGAACAACUGUUGGAAGAAGUGCGGCGGUACUAUUCUUAGGUUAGAUUCGGAAAAAUUGGGUAGUGAUAAUUUCGGGAAUUUAUAGUGGAUAUAGAAUGCAUGUUAGAAGAUUAAAUUGUGUGAUUUUAAUUAGGUUGUUGUUUGGAUAUUACUUAUAUAAAGUGCCUCGAAUGGAAAAAAGUGCUUUAAAUUAUGAAGGAUUUCAAUACUCUGACGAUCCUGUAGACUUUUGAUGUAUUUGUAUAUACAAUCUUUUUGUAAUAUAUUUGCUGUAAUAAAAUUGUUUUGAAAUCAA